GACCUCUGGCUUGACUCAAUCGUCAUCUGGCCCGUCGCCCAUCAGGUCGUCAUUGCGAAUCACUCGCAUCAUAUUAUGGGAUGUGUGAGUAGGGAAGAGUUUGCUGCAGUGAAGGAGGAGAACGAACGGCUAAGGGGGAUGUUGCAGACGCUAAGCUCAAGGAUGGAGUUGCUAGAACGCAGUGAAGACUCUAAUAGCUUUUCUCGUGAUACAACCCUCGCUUCUCCCAUCCUCCCCACCUCACCGCUCGGAUCCCAUCACAGCCGUUCGCCAGACCAUGUCCUCAAGACACAAGACAGUGCCUUCGGCCCUUCAUUUUCUCCCUCGUCGUCCUCCCUCCUGACAGCCGCCUCCGCACUCGAAAACUCUCGUGCCUACACAGACCGCUCCAUCCUAGCUUUCGGCCGUGCUCUCUCUACCGAACUCAACCUCGCGAUCCACAAAGUUGACACAGACCUCACGUCGUUCCAAAUCGAAGAGUCAGCACGGGUGGACAAGCUGCA